CCGGCCACAGAACUUUCACGCACGGAGCCACCAGCACACAGCACAGAGAGAGAGAGAGGAGACCGCGUGUGGCUUGAGAGUUUGUGAGCUCGCUCGCUCGCCCGCCUCUCAGUGAGCAUCAAGCCCACGGGGUGGUGGUGUGCAAGUCGGGGAGCGAGGGGCUGGGUGCGUGGUGUCGUGGUGGUGGUGCUGGUGGAGUUGUCACAGGCGACCAAGGGGCUUGCGGCGCGCAACGCUGAAGUGGGAUCUGAUGGCCGCUCUCAAAGUUCCCGUCGUGUUGCUGGCGACGCUUUUUGCCCUCGCCUGCGGUGCCUUCUCGUCGGCCGCCGCUGGAGUACAACAACAACGACGCCGUCUCCCCCUCGCCCCCACGCGUCGUCUCGGCUGCUCGCUGAUAUGCGGCGCUGAUGGCGAGGAGAGGUCGGUGCCCGUAGAGUGCCGCGCUUGGUGUCGGCGCAGAGUGAACCGGAGCCUCCCUUCGGAAAAGGAAACGAUCGCCUACACAGGCACACAGGCGUGUGAGCCGUGGACGUGCGAUGGCGGCGGCGGUGGCGAUGGUGGCGGCCACGUGGCUCCGUGCCGGGAGGCUCCCGGGCGCCCCGUGGACGUGCGAGUGGCGCCCGUGGACGUGCGCAAGCUCGUCGACAUCGCGUCCGACGCCCUCGUGCUCACCUGGAGGCCCAACCCAAGCGGUGUUGAGGCUUUGCGUGGGUACCAGGUGAACCUCCAGGGUCUACGCGGGGACUUCGGCUACUCCAAGUGCGAGCAGAUCCUGCUGGAAAAUCCGCUCACUGCUGCCGACGUUGACAAGGAGUUCGUUUACGACGGCUUCGACUACCUGCAGUUUGGAGCCGACUACUACAUCACCGUGGACCCGGUGCCCUUCCCUGCGAGCGGCGAGCGCGAGUUCGCCGCGGUGGAGUUUACCGCUCGCUCCUGUGAGGAGGUGGUGGGGAAAGGAAACAACGAAUGCAUGUACGACUGGUUCCCCAAGACGGUGAACGUGACGCAGCAGGGCACGGACGUGAACGUGACCUUCGACCUGGCGCCGCCGUCGUUUGGCGUCGAGUCGUACGUGGUGUACGCGGGCGUGCGGCCCGAGGCGUGCGCCGCUCCGUCGCCGCCGCUGGGGGCCGCCCUGCUCGCCUGCUCGCCCGUCUCGGAGAACAAGACGGCCGUGCGCGUGCCCAAGGACAAAAACUUCACUUACGGCUGGGUCAGCCUGCGCAACCUGCAGCCCGGAGCCACUUACGUCAUCGAGGUGUCUCUGAACAGCGUGGACGCCCAGAGGAAAAGAGCCAUCUUCACCGUCACGCACGUGUCGCCGCCGUCCCCGUGGAGCGGUCCUCUCCGCGCCAUCGCCAUCACCGUGCCCAUCGUGGCGGCUGCCGCCGUGGCGACGUUCCUCACGCUCGUGUGCCGCAGCAACACGCAGGCCGAGGGAGGCUACCACGAGUUCACGGACGACGAGAGCUCGGAGGUCUGCUCGCAGUUCGUGGGAGCGGUGGGCGAACGCUCACGCCCCAAGAUCUUCCUCUGCUACUCGGGCCGCGACGGGCAGAAGCACACGAGCGCCGUGCUCCACCUCGCGCACUUCCUGCAGGAGUGCGCCGGUUGCAGGGUGAGCGUUGACCUGUGGGAGCAGCUGAUCAUCAGCGCCGAGGGCAAGCUGGACUGGCUCGGCCGGCAGAUCAACGAGUCCGACUUCAUCCUCGUCGUCUGCUCCAAGGGCCUCAAGUUCUUCGUGGACAAGCGCCGACGGCACAGGGGGGCGGGGGGCGCCCACGCCGGGAGGGGCGCGCGCCGCCGCUCCGGCCAGGGCCUCGCCGACCUCUUCAUCGCGGCCGUGCCCAUGAUCGCCGAACACCUGCGCCGGCAGAGGGCCCCGGCGGGCGGCGCGGACGGUGAGCGCGCGGGGGCGGGCGACCGCGUCCUCGGCGUCUACUUCGACUACUCCAGCGAGCAGGACGCGCCGGCCGUCCUCGAGCUGCCGGGCGCCAAGUUCCGCCUCCCCGAGGCGCUGCCGCAGCUCGUGGAGCGGCUGCACGCGGGCCGCGACGGCGAGGCGGCGGCGGCGGCGACGCCGCAGGAGCGGCGGCGGCGGCUCGACGCCGAGGGCCUCCUGCGGUCGGCGGCGGCGGGCCGCGCCCUGGCCGACGCCGUGGCCGACGUGCACAGCUACAUCCGGCAGACGCCCGACUGGUUCCAGCGGCAGUGCACGCCGCCGCGGGCACCGGGCCACGUGGACGCGACGCGGCCGCCGCCGCCGCCGUCGAGCGCCGCGUCGGAGAGGGAGGAGGAGGGGGCUGCGGCGGGCGCCGUCGGGUGGAGCCACAGGCGGCGCGGCCGGGACGGGAUGGAGAGGAUCUCGUCCGAGCGGGGCUGCGUGCAGGCGCCGAGGGCCGCGUGCGGGCGAGCGACGCGCGGCUACGGUUCCGGCCGCGCCGCCGCGCGGUCGGGGGGCGGCGCGUGCGGCGGGGGCGGCACCACGUCCGUCGUCGUCGGCGGCGGCGGCGGCUGCAGAGCACGAGCGGGCGGCCUGCUGAGCGUGCCCGUGAUCCGGCACGCGCCCCGGGCGGAAGAUCGAGACGAGGACGACGACGGGAGCGACGCGGGAGCCAAGGAGAGGCACGCGGGGCUGGGCUCGGCGGAGGCGCGCGGAGGGGAAGCGGCGCUGGCGUCCCUGCUGCUGCUGCCCCGGCGCGACGCGUGCGGCUCCCCCGACCGGCAGGCCCUGCGGCUGCUGCGCGACUCGGGGAUUUACGAAGCGCCGCCGUCCCUGACGCGGGGCGCGUCGCUGCCCUCCCUGGCCCAGGGCCCCUCGCUGCCCCCGCUGCCCCCGCUGCCCCCGCUGCAGCACGAGUCGGCGCUGCCCCUGCUCACGCCGGAGCCCGGCGAGACCGACUCGACCACGGGCAGCAUCUCCUCGUCCUCGGGGCUGGGAGAGGAGGACCCCCCCAUCCCCAGGCUCCUCAAGCAGCAGCAGCAGCCGCCGCCGCUGAAAGGAUCCGCGUCUGAGUGGGAGAAACUCCGCCUGGACAUGAGCGCACCCUCGCUGAGCAUCGCCCAGCAGAGCUAAUGAUUGUCUCGGCAAAACCCUCCCUCCUCCUCCCCCCCACUCGUUUCUAAUUUAAACACAAAUUUAUUUGUUAACUCUCCAAUUUUUUUCUGUUUUAAGAAAUAUUUUUUAGAGAUUUUUUUUGUGCCGUUCAAAUGUAGUUUUGUAAAAUGCUUGUUUUAUAUAUUGAUAUUUUUUGGGGGGGGUGGCGGGUGGAGGGGGUUCCAGAGAAUGUCGUUCGGUGCGAGUGUAAAUAAAGUAAUAGAGUCCUUGUAAUAUUACGAUUGUAUACUUUAUCACAGUACUACAGUAUAUUGAUAAGAGAAGUAUUAUUUUAUACGUAACUUCUGCAAAUGUAACGAAAUUCCUUGUCUAACUGGGGUUGGGUGGGUGGGGGGGGGGGAUCUGCGGUCCCUUUAAAAAUAUAUAUUUGCCUGACAUGGACCAAUAGGUGACCCAAAAACAUAGCCCCAGCUCAUUGUUGGUGACCGCCGGUGGGCAGCCCGCAUGCCUUCAGCAAUCGGCAGGUGUGCGCCUGCCGUCUGGCUGAACACGCGCAACCUCUCCGUGGGGUUGAGAGAGCACAGAGGCAGUGACGCGUGGAAUAUAAGAAGCGGAUGCGUCUCCCCGUGUCAUUUGCAGUUCCCCGCGCAUUCCAAUUGAGCUAACGGAGAUGCUGCAGAGUGGUCGCAAAGCUUUGUCUACGACUGCGUUUUGGUAAUGGGACGCAUGUUCCAUCAGACGGUGCUCGAAAGAGUCUUAAGCCAGCCAAUGUACAACUCUUGAUUAAUCUGGACCCUAUAUAAACCUGUAAGCAGUCGACUGCCAAAAUUAAUGAGUGCAAUAUCAUGAGACACAUUUAGACCGUGGGAAAAUAAGAGAGAUUCAUCGCUUAGGAAAAUUUCAAACGUGUAAAAAAAGAUCCGAUAUAUGAAUGGUUGCUGGUGUGGUGUGGUAUUUCGUAUAUCCCCCCAACCCACCUCUAUCCGCCCAGCACAUAAAUUGGUGCACCACAGUCGAAUGUAAGGUUACGUAGUGUGGUGGGGUAAAGUGUGGGUACUCCCACCUCUUCCAAGACGUUUGGCCAGUCUGGAAGAUUAGGCCAAAUACGCUCGAGAGGUAUUCUAUAGAGCUCCCUCGAGUAGGGGGGGGGGGCUUUCCACCAGCAGUGCACUGAACAAAGAUAUUUGAGGGCUCUACUCUUCCCCUUCACAUUUUAUUACGUUAAGAACGGUCCGUCCUUCCCCCCCCCCCCCCACUAUAGCUCCUUCACACAGCAAAUGCUCAUUGUUUGCCAUUGAACACGACGAAGUAUUUUGAUUUAAAGCUUUCGUGACUGCAGGGAUUCCUAUUCUUGGUUCUUUCGUUAAAGUCACGUAGAAGGGAAACAAAAUAAUAAAAAUAUAAUAAUAAUAAAAUAUAUAAUUUUGUUAUUUUAUUGUUUCCCUUCUACGUGACUUUACCGAAAGAACCAUGAAUACGACGAAGUAUAUUUUGCGUGCGUUCCCAUACAAGACAUCAGUCUGCGUUGCAUUUAGCGAAAGCUACGCAGCGCGUGACUGCACACGCGCCCCAGAUAUUAGGGCAAUUGGCGAGACGUGAUUGCGCACACCUCCCGCAGUUCGUCAUUUAGCGGCGUGAAAGGAAUCGCUGGCGCGGGGGGGGGGGUGGGAAGUCGUGUGGGCGUAAUGCGGGGAAAGUGCACGAGGCGCGAGAGGGCGAAUGACGCGUACGUGCUCUGCGGGGUGGGGGCGGCAGUUUAACUCGCCAGCAAUGACUCAACGCCACGGGGAACCACUGUGGCUGCUUGCUGUGUGUCUGCUGAUACACGCAGCCAUAUCACACCUCUGAUUACCACCGGUUGGCUGCAUACGGUACGAAAGAAAUGCAACGUACAUACAGUGUUAGAUGAAUGAAUAUUUAGGGGCUGUGUCAGUUAUGCCCCCUUGUUUAUGGGCACCCCGUAAGUUCCAUCUUCCAUGACCAGAGUUGCAACUAGGGGCCCGUUUCCCCUAUCUGCACAGGGCCUUACUCGUUGUUGAGAAUGCCGACCUACAAUUAGUUUGUUGUCUUAACAUUUUAUUGAAAUUUUAACAAAGUGUGGUCUACAGAUGGACAACCAAAGAGAAGAUGACGUUUUUGUAAUCGGGGGGGGGGGGGGGGAGUGGGAUGGGCGGGAAAUGUGGGAGCAACGUGGAUUAUGGUUGUGUAAGUGUGGCGAGCUAUGUCCACAAUUGGACGUCUUGUGCGAAAUGGCCCAUAGAAAAAAAAAAUUGUCAGUGAAAGCAGCGUUAACAUCUUUGGCCACGGUUGACAUGAAUUGAGGUUGCACCGGUGACCCCCACCGGUGACCUCCACCGGUGAGCCCCGGCACCGCGAAGACUCUCAAUAACUAAACGGUGCCAAGUGUUCUCAACACCAGUGGGUGUUUGCUUCUGUAUACAUCUGACGUGUCGUGCUGCUAGUUCGUGCAGUUUUAUCGUUUUUGAGUCGUUAAACUCCUUAACUGCAGUUGAUAAAGAAAGGGCUGACUGACAUUAUAGUCAACACUAAUUACAGUAUUUGCGACUGGCGUUCAAAUUCGUAUCGCUCCUUUGAUGAAUAUGGUAAUAAACUUUUUGCCAGUUUAUUUCAAGCGUGGCAAAUUCUCUGUUGCUUUGUUUUUAAACGACCAUUAAACAAACGCUUUGUAUGAACA